GUGGUGUCUCCAUUCGGGAGUUGUCGGGAAACAGACGAUACUCAGUGGAACGGUUAUGGCCGAGUCGUCGGCAAAGAUGCGGCCGACGGCGUUAGGGAGCCCUGCAAAUGCAGCCAGGACACCGUUCUGGAAGAAAAACUCCAGCAAAGUACCAGGAAGUGUCAAACCUGUGUAUGGGGCACAGCAUCCUCCACUCAUGCAACCUGCUGCAUCACCAACAAAAAAUGUCAGUGGUACGAAAACUGCACAAGCUCGACAGAAGAAACAGUCUUCAUUUGAUGCAUUCAAGAACCGGACAAAUGAUGCAUGGGAGGAGUCAGAUCCAUGGGAUGUUGGAGAACCGGACGAUGUAGAGCUGUCAGAUUCCGAAGAAGUUAAAUUGUCUCCCCAAUCUCGACACCCUGUUUUGACCGGUUUAGCGGGAGUUUCAGAUGAGGCAAGAGAGAGGGUGGGCUCAGGCAGAGCAGCUCAAUCAGGCGACAAGCAAAAGAGGAGUGGGAGCGGCCGGGGCUCUGGAAGUCAACACAGUGGGACAGGGACAAGUGAAUUACCAGAUCGAGACACAAUUCGAUUACAGAAAUUUGAGAGGCUUUUGAAGGGUCCAAACACCGAGCUUGAGGAGUUGAAGAAGUUGGCUUGGGGUGGAAUACCCGUAACAGUUCGUCCAACGACUUGGAAACUUCUUUCUGGCUAUUUACCCGCGAAUGUCGAAUGGAGGCAGUCCACAUUAGAACGCAAGCGGAAAGAGUACGAACGAUUUGUGUCACAGUAUUACAAGACACGUCUAGAUCCACAAUAUGAAGGCACUUUCAGACAGAUUGCUAUCGAUAUUCCUCGAAUGAAGCCUUCAGAUUUCUUUCAACAGAAAAUAAUUCAAGAGUGUUUCGAACGCGUGUUAUACAUAUGGGCUAUGAGGCAUCCAGCUAGUGGGUACGUUCAAGGCAUUAACGACCUCCUCACUCCUUUCUACUUUGUGUUUCUAAGCGAACACAUUGAAUCAGCAGACAUUGUUGUCGAUUAUGACGUGUCUACGCUUUCUCAAGACACACUUGCUGCUAUUGAGGCCGACGCCUAUGGGUGUAUGAGUCGACUGUUAGAGGGUAUCCAGGACAACUACACGUUUGCUCAGCCUGGAAUACAAAUGAAAGUAAACAGUAUGAAAGAAAUAGUGAGGAGAGUAGAUGCUGCCCUACACAAACAUAUAGCAAGCAAUUCCAUCGACUACCUCCAGUUUUCGUUUCGAUGGUUUAACAAUAUUCUUAGACGAGAGCUGCCUCUACGAUGUGUCAUUCGUCUAUGGGACACGUACCAGUCGGAAGUCAACGGAUUCGGAAAUUUCCAUCUCUAUGUGUGUGCUGCGUUUCUUAUUCAUUUUUCAAAAGAGCUCAAGGCAAAGAAAGAUUUUCAGAGUCUCCUCUUAUUCCUGCAAUGUUUGCCUACGUCUGAUUGGACGGAUGAUGACAUCAGUGUUCUUCUAUCCGAAGCAUUCCAGCUCAAGUAUAUGUUUGCUGAUGCUCCCAGUCACCUGCAUUCAUCGAGUCCAUAGUUGGGCAAAUGUAAUAAUAAUUGAUAGAAAAACUGGGUUCCACGCGUUAUCUGUAUAGACUGUGUUGUGACCAGAUACGGUGUACACAUGUAUACAAUCGUCCGUAAGUCACUGGUCUAUGUACAGGCUGCAGUGAUGCCGUAGCAUUAAGGUAGGCUACAACAAACAAUUUCUUCUAAUAUUUCUUUGUUAUGAAUUGAUCUCAGACGUAACAACAGUCCGAGUAUGCACCUAUUUAGUCAAAACCUUCAUGCCGUGUCUAUAUACGAUGUACUACACCAACAAGAAGUAU